UUUUCUUACCAAACGAACGCGUAAAGCGGACUCGAAAAAAAUUACUGAAUGUCGUCGGUCGGUGAUUGCGCAUUCUCUCUGUGUGUGUUUUUCCCCCCCAUCCAACGAGUGUAAAGAAAUUUUUGGAACAAUUUAUAGCCGACACGCGUUGUAAGUGUAAUUGGAGAAUCCGUGGAAAUACGCCCGGCGUAUUCUGUGCAAUAUAUUUAAUUAAAAGAAGUGUAAAACCAGUUUAUCAAAGAUCGUAACAAGAUCGUGUGUCGGAGAAAUUCAUAGUGUGUGUAGUGCUGCCCGCCGCCCCUCCACAUAUCAAUAAACAGAAACUGGAAGAUCUUUCCAGCCGCUGCUCCCAUCAUCUAAAGACAGCGACGUCGACGUUGACGCCGACGCCCACGACACCACUGAGAGAAGGAAUGAUGCCAAAGCAGAGGACCAGCACGCUGGAGGCGACGUUGUCGCUGCGUUCCAACGGUAAAUGUCUGAUGCUCUCCGCACUGCUGAUGGGCCUCCUGGUGGCCGCCACCCAAGCCGUAGAUCAGAAAUCUGUGAAAGCAACGCCGGCAGAGCCAUCCGCUCUAUCAGGAGGAGCAGCAUCCCAGGCGGCUUCGGCUCCCAGAGAUGCAAUUUAUAUCGACGAUGAUAGCAUUGAGGGCUCUGGUGGACGUGGAGGGAUACACGACGAUCUAGAGAAGGAUCCGGACUAUUCUGGCUCUGGCUUUGGACCGGAUGACGAGGACGCCGAGCCGGAUCAUCACUCGCAGCACGGUUCGCACAACACGCGCAUCUCGCAGAGCGGCGGCUCCAGCAUAAACACAGCUCAUACACCAACACAAACCUCAUCCACAACCUCAACAACAACAAGCAGUUCACCAACAACGACAAGCAGCAGCAGCAGCACCACCACCAGCACCAGUACGACAACUGCGGCCACAACCACCUCAACCACAGCUGCCUCGAAUCGCACCCAAACCACGCCUAAGCCACUUGUUGUCGAUUCCACCACAGCGAGCCGUCCUUUGCCCCACUUCCCCGCCUUCGAUGAGGAGCUCGAUGUGGAUGAGGAUGCCAGCGGCGAUGGCAUCGAUGUGGAAGGUGGCGGCGAGGAUGAUGACGAGGGCGAUGAUGACGACAUCAUCAUUGAUCAUCCCGAUUCGGAGAAGCCAAAGUUUGCAGUGCCUGUUCCCGCUGGGAGCGAUAACGUCGAUCAUGAUCAUGAUCAUGAUAUCGAUAGCGAUACCGAUGAUGGCGAUGGCGAUAAUGAUGACACCGACGAUGAUGAUCGCAUCAUCGAUGUGGAUGGCGGUAAUGAGGAUGGCACUACCAACGGGAAUGGAAAUGGAAUCGGUGGCAACGAUGGAGACCUCAACACAGAGCGCGGACCGGGAGGUGGCAGCAACGUGCACGAGUUGGACCCGAAUACGAACGUAAACAGCCAGCCCUCCGACACAAAGCACGUCGACCACAGGCCCAACGGCAACGAGGUGGUCAUCAUGAGCGAGGACGAUCGCACGUCGAGCUUCUUCUCGCAGCCAGGAAUACUGGCAGCUGUCAUUGGCGGUGCCGUGGUUGGCCUGCUUUGCGCCAUUCUUGUGGUGAUGUUCAUCGUGUACCGCAUGCGGAAAAAGGACGAGGGCUCCUAUGCCCUGGAUGAGCCGAAGCGAUCCCCGGCCAACAAUUCCUAUGCGAAAAAUGCGAAUAAUCGCGAGUUCUACGCCUGAGAUAAUGGCACAUCGCGCAGGUAUUAAGUGAGCCAUGAGUGAGGAUCCACCCGAAUGGAGAUCCAUCUCGAACGGGAUACGGAUCUUAACGGAGGAGGAGAUGACGGCUCAUCUCGAUACACUGUGCGGAGUGCGAAGUGCGGAAGGAGCAGCGCCAUCAGCAGCCAUCUGCCACAAUGAGUAAUCAUCUGCAACAGCAACAGCAAACAGCAAAAGCAACAAAACUAACACAAAUUCAAUGAAAAUCGAAGGCAUCUUCGGAUCACACACACAAUUUUUCGUUGGGGGGGUAAACUAAAUGCAUUAAACAAUGAACAACCAAGUAAGAAAGUGCAGAGAUUCGAGAGGAAUAUAUAAACAAAAACAAUUCAAAACUUACCUGUAAGCUAAUGCCGGUCGGUUGACGGAGGAGGGCGACUUUUCUAAUUAAGUAAAUUUUAAGCGACGAAAACAAAAGAAAAACCAAUAUCAAAUAUGAAUGGAAGCGCAUGCAAAUCGUGCGAAAUCUAAUAUAUAAUUAAUAUAUAUUAUAUUCAUAGUGAAACCAAUAUAAGGGCGGGCAAAAUUAAGCAAAUUAAUUAUGAAUUACGAGUAUGUAGAGCAAAGGCAGGAGGAGAGCGAGAAAUAAUACCUAUAAUAAUACCACAAAACACGACACAGCGCCUACAUGGACGAUGUAAACGAUGGACGACAGUUCGUUCUGUGGAUGGAGGCAGCGACAGACGCAUAUUGAAUACACUUUUAUGAAUAUACGAGUAUUUGUUAGCUGAAUAAUGGAAGCGAAUUGGAUAUAUCAUGAUUAUACCCACUCUCGAAAGAACCCCAGAUCCAAUGGUCAGUCACUUCCGCCAUCCAAUUCACACCACGGAAAAAAGAGAAUAAAAGAGAAUCCGUUGGGAAUACCAAUAAUUAUUGUGAAUUGCGAAUUGUGCGGCAUACAACAAGCGGAAAUUGAUUCAUAAAUAAAUGUUUUUAGGUUAUACAUAAGCAAAACUAUGUAAUUAUUAGUGUAAUUCCUAAAACAAAAACAAGAAGAACCACACAAAUGGAAAAAUGAAAAAAAAAAACAAAAAAAAACAAAAACUAUAAGAGAAAAACGAAAACUACUAAAUGAAGCAAAAAACAGAAUACGAACACUCUCUGAACCUUCCUGGCAACUAAACAAACUAAAAAGUAAUGAAAUGCAGAGAACUAUUUCUACUCUUUUUUUAAAAAAAAACACAAAAACUUGAAUAUUUAUUGAAAUUGAGAUUGAAAAUGAUAAUGAAAAACGAAAUCGAAAAGUAUAUAAGGACAUAAUACGUCCAGAAAGCGAUUGUACAUUAAUUUAGUAUUCCAUAUGGGUUUUAGAAUUAUUCGGCCAGUCUCCCACGCUCGACUCCACUGCUUCUUCCACGGCUAAGAAUCAAAAUCGGAUUACGCAUUGAUUAUUGUGCAUUUAUUUAGUUUUUACGUUCGCUGUCAGUGACAAUUGUUUAGUUUUGCAAGCAAAAUACAAGUGUGCGAAGUACGAAGAACACAAAACAACACGAGCCAACCCAAUCCAAUCCAAUAAAAUCAAAUCCAAUCCAUUACCACAUGCAAUAGUAAAAAUUACUUGUUAAGUUUACAAUUGAAAUGAGACGCAAACCAGCAGGAAAUGUUAAUGACUCAGCCCUCAAAUUAGCUGCAAUACUUGUUUAAUUGUUAGUCAACCCAUAUUCUCUCCAGCUCUAAUGCCAUAUUUUCAUUGCGAAAAGAAGUUAUAAGAACGAAAAAUACUAAUACAUAAUACAUUUAUAUACAAGUAUAUAUAAUUAGCAACAUAAAUCAAUUGCGUGUGUAAAUGUGUGUAAUGCAUAAAUAAUUAAUUAAACAUAUACAUACAUACAUACUACCACUGCGACAUCAGAGCGUGCACCAAAGGGGGAAGGAAGCUCUCGGAGAACAUCAUCAUCGGUACAUACUCGUACUUCCCCCAAAUCUACACCUAAAACAAACUGAAACUCACACAAACAUACAAAAAAGAGAACGACAGCCACAUCAGCAACAGCGACAACAAGAACUAAACAUUUUUCUGAAUACAACUUUUUCUACACUGUAAAAAACGCAACUGCAACUCUUUUGAUAUGUACGAGUACUAUGUUUUGUCCUACUCUCGACCCAUAGUACCUUUUUGUCCAAUUUUACAUCAACUUUUUUUGCUACUUUGUAAGCGUUUAGUUUGUUAGUUUUUUAAAUGCGCUGAAUGUACUGAGAAAUUGGUUUUGAUUUGCUAAAUAAACUGGUAUAAAACUAA